UAUUUCGGAAGCGUCGAUAACGCGUUAUUAAAAAAAGUAGAUCCAGUUAUCGAUAUUCUGCGAAUAACGCAUUUGCACGUGCACAAAAGAUCCAUCAACUCAUUUAUUCGCAACACUGGUUAUUAAUCUUGAUGUUCUCUGAUACAUUCAUGUUUUGAAAUUAUUCAUGUAAAAGAUGAGCUUUUAUGUUACGCUAUUCCUGUUUUAGCUCCACGACUCUGCAAAAGCAUAAAAAACUUCAAUUACGAACCCGCGCUAAACCGUUCAACAAUUUAUAAAAAAAAAAGAGAACACGAGCACGUCUGCCGAGAUGUCUAGAAAUAUUGUUGACCGCCCGUCACCACCUGACCCAUCGAUCCGUAGCAACAAAACCCCGACAAAUUCGCUGUUGUCAUUAUGACGGCUUGAACGCCUCCACCCGGAACCACCCCAAAAUUCAGUGUUUUAAUUCCAAAUUGUCGUGCGAAAAUGGAUCCUUCCAAACUAACACCCAGAGAGAAAUCGCGCAUUAUUACCGAGAAAAGUCUUGAUUACGUGCCAGAUCCUCGCGGUUUGGGCUUCGAGUUCUACCAGUCGAUGUUGCGGAAUAAAAACGCCGUGGCACAGAUCGACCCCACGACCAACACCUCCUACACCUACGACGACCUCCUACUCCGCAGCUCCCGCGUAUGCUUCAACCUUCUCCACAUGGGCAUCACCAAAGACGACACCAUCUGCCAGUGCAGCGUCAACCACCUCGACAGCUCCAUCCCCGUCAUCUCCGGCUUCCUCCUCGGCCUCCCCGUGGCCAACCUCGACCCUUCCCUCCCCCUCGACGACGCCAUCCACAUCCUAAACAAAAUCCGCCCUAGAAUCAUGUUCGUCUGCAACGAAGGCCUCAAGUUAAUGGUGGACGCAAUCGACGAAGUGGACAUCGACUGCGCCGUGGUCGUGUUCGGCUCUUCGUACGUCGAGGAUUUCAUCGAGUUCGACACUCUCGUGGAGGAAACGGACGACGAGCCCGCAUUCAAACCGUUGCCGAUUGGAGAUCUUCACCAGACUGCGGUGAUUUUGUUCAGUAGGGGGUCGUCGGGGCCCCCGAAGGGGGUGUGCUUGAGCUACUACACCCUCUUGGUGCAGACGGUGCACGCGGCGGAGUGCUGGCACCUGGGGGAGGGGUUUAAGGUGGCCAUGGGGUUCGGGAGUUUUCACACGCUGACGGCGUUGACGCUGCUUAUUUGUAGCACGAUGACGGGGAUAACGAGGGUUGUGUGCGAGAAGUUUGAACCUGCGACUACUUGGAAGCUCGUGGAUAAAUAUGACGUCUCGUUUAUCAUCUGUACUACUCAGGAAGUCUGCGAGUUAUACACAAACGAAACACCGGAAGCUGUGACCGGCAAAAGCUUAAAAAUGUUGGUAACUACAGGGACGUCCUUAAGACGAGUAUCCUUACUGGAAUUAAGAAAACGCUUCCCUUUUUGUUUUAUCACCAACAUUUACCAAAACCCGGAGGUCGGUGGAGCCUUGUCUAUGUACAACUACAACAAACCAGUUGACAUAAGAGAUCAAUACCAGAAACCCACCUCUUGUGGAAAAUUAUUCCCUGGAAUAACAAUCAAGAUCGUGGACCCCAUCACCGAAAUGACCCUCAGCGCCAACACCGCCGGCGAACUCCGCUACAAAGCCGACUUCAAAAUCAACGACCAUUUCAAAGAAGAGUCGUCCAAUUCCGACGCCAAAGGCUGGUGUAAAAGCGGCCAAAUCGCGAUGUACGACGAAAGACGCUGCAUUUUCGUGCUGGGCCCCUACGAAGACGUUUUCCAGUACAAGUGCUGGCACAUCGUACCUUCGAUUGUCGAGGCCGUCCUUAGAUCGCACGUAGCUGUCAAAGACGCAGUUGUCAUUGGGAAACCGCACAGGAACGUGCUCAUGGGCGAAAAACCGAUGGGAAUUGUUAGUUUGAACAAAGGGAUGAAGGGCAGAGUGACGGAACAAGAUCUGGAAGAAUAUGCCAACUCGAUUUUGAGCAACAAACAGCAACUUCGGGCCGGCGUGAUGAUUGUCAGUGAAAUUCCCUACACGCUGGACGGGAAGCCGAGGAGGCAAGAAGUGAAGAGUUUGUUGUUCGGUUGACUGAAGAGUUGGUGCUGUGUUUUUGUUAAGAGUCGAGUUUUUGUUUUUGUGAUUGUUUGGACAAUAAAUUUUUGG